AAUUUUGUUGCGCAAUGUAUGAGGUUUAGGUGAGUUCGGUGUGUUGGUAACAGAAGUCACGUUUUAUUUUUGUCCUUCAAACUGGAUAACGCUGUGGUUGGUAGAUAUAUUAGUCUUCAGGAUAAUGAAUUUGUUGACUGUGUUUUAGCUGACAUAAAACAAUUCGUGAAUCGCUGUCGUAGGAGUAGAAGUGUGCUCGUGUUUCCACCAUUAAACAGCUAUAGACGAUUCCUUAUACAUAAAGUGUCAGAAGAUUACUCUGAAGAACUGUCCACAUUUUCAAUAGGGCAAGGUCACGCACGGAGAACAGUAGUGUGUUUUAGCAGCCUCCUUAUAAGGGAUGUACCUCAAGUAAGGACAGCGGAUGAACUCGUGAGUGAUAAUUUGCAGCUAGUCGAAGGACUUGGAGCUAUGGGUGUUGAGCAUCAACACUUUGCAGACAGAGCUGCGGACACCUCUUCCAGAGAGAAUAAUGUUAGGCGAGCGAAGACACUUCCAGCAGUUGGUAUCUAUCGGCCUCCUGCAGCCAGGCGAUCAGAAGAACAGAUUGCCCCCAUAACUGCACAGAGAUGCAGUUCACCAGCAGCUGAAACAAAACCUGAAAGAAGAAGGCCUGCGAGGCAGCGUCGACCAGACAUCCAAGUUUAUGUUCCUCGGGCCAAACGUUUGUCAACUAGAGGACAAGACGGAGAUGCCUCUUCAACAGCGUCCAUAUCAUUUUGUCAGCAGGUGGGCAGCCGCACACUCUCAGCCCAUGGGGACUUAUGCUUGAAGACUUCUGCAACAUCGCAGAGCUCUGAAAAAGAGCGCAAAUCCAGAAUGGCAGCAGUUCAUUGCAGCAGUGUACCUACAACAUUAUCAGUAGCUCAUUAUGGGGACAAUAUGUCACUGAGGCAAGAUUUUGAACAAACACACAUGGAAGUCUCAGACUGGGCUAAGAAUACAGGCCAGUCUUCAGAAUUGAACUGCUUUGUUAGUGAUUUGAAUUCGGACAUGAACGACAGAGAAGUUGACAUGGAUGUGUGGGGAGUUAGGGCACAGCAUUUGUCCUCUGAGGAUGUACAAUCAGUUUAUAGAAAGAAUGGUGGGAAACACAUGAGAGUGAUGGAAAAUUCUCAGGUUCAGAUUGAGGAUGAGGUCGUGGGAAGGAAGUUCAUUCGAAGGGAUUCUAAUAGUUCAGCAUUGGAACUGAGUGAUAGUAAUACUCCAGGUUCUGUUCACACUGAAGAUCAGGUUUUUGAUGAUCAUAGUAAUAUUAAAAAUGUUGAUAGGAUUUUGAAGACUGUGCAACUUCAUCAAGGAAAGGAUAUCUAUAGUUCUAUACAUUCUAGCAGUAACUGUCAGGAAUCCAACCUGCAGUCUGUUAGCAAGGAAGAAGAGAGUGACAUUGAGCAGUUAAUUGAUAGUGAAGACUUAAGAUCAGGAGAUCUCACGGAUGAUUUUCUAGGUGAAGUUGGUGUUCAGUCAGGUUCUGUACGUAGGAAUUCCGAGAGUUCGUCUCCUGGACAUAGUAGCCGAGAUAGUCCAUCGUCGGAAAUCGAUAAUGAAACUCAUUCAUCAAAUUAUUACUGUGAAAUUAAGAACACAACAAACCGUUUCCAGAGUAAAGUAUUAAGCUGUGAACUCAAUAUCCAAAAUCCAUCUGAAGGAAACAUCUCUCAGGAUUCUGGAUUUGGUAACAAAAGUCCCGAUGUGUCACUAAAUUUGGAAGAAUCAGAUUCAGUGAUGAAGACUUCCGAUGAUAGUGGGGAGUUUCUGAAGUGUUCAGAUACACUAGGUGAAAAAAUGAUUUUUAACAGUAAUGACAGUUUUCAUGGUAAUAAAAAUUUAAGCUCAGUAGAUGGCAAGAAACAUUUUGAUGAUUCUGAAGAGAGAUUGUGCACCAGGAAAGAUCUCGUUAGCAACGAUUGUCAUAAAAAGGAUGAGAAUGAAGAGUAUCGAGUGCAAGAAAAGCCAAAUAGGAAAAACAGGAGGAUAAUCAGUGGUAAUGUCAUAUCAGAUGUGUUGAUUAUCUCAGAUCCUGAUCCAGUGGCAGACAUAACUCCAACAUCACAGAUUGGUUCCAGUUCAGAGAACUCUUUGUCACCAAAUGGUAUCGUUAAUAAAAAGAAGAAAGUGCGACAGAAAGGAGUUGUCACUGUGGAAAAAUCAGGGCCUUCCUUAAGAGAGCAUUCAGCUGAUAAACAGAAGUCAUGUCCAUCGCCUGUGAAAUUGAAUCCAGAGGAAUGCACAUGGGAUAUGAUGUUUGACGAUAAUGGGGAAUGCCUUGAUCCAAAACUGAUGGAAGAACUUACAAAUUCUGUUGGGUCAGUAACAAUCGAAAAGCCCCCAUCAGAUUAUCGCAGCUACCAAAGCCGUGUCGAGUUGAUAAUGAGUGGAGCUGCUGAUGACGAGUUUUCUCAUGUGCUGGAGAUCUACAGCUUUCCUGCUGAAUUUAAAACACAUGACCUAUAUGCUGUGUUCUCCCCCUACAUGAAAGGAGGUUUCGAGAUUAAAUGGGUUGAUGAUACACAUGCGCUGGGUGUGUUCAGCAGUGCUCUUGUUGCUGCUGAAGUUCUGGCAACAGAUCAUCCUUUUGUUAAAACACGACCUCUGCAUGAAGCGACUCCUGAGUCUCGGAUGAAAGCUCGUAGAUCAGCAGAGUUUCUGCAGCCAUAUCGUGCCCGGCCAGAGACAUGUGCUGCUCUUGCACGCAGACUUGUUACUGGCGCUCUUGGUGUGCGGCUUAACACAACACGUGAAGAGCGAGAAGCAGAGCGCAAACUCCUCAGAGAAGCGAGAGAGAAGAAAAAAUUAGCGGCAAGACAGAGAGAUCAAGCAUGGGAAGGUACACUGGGUGAGAAGUGAGCAAUUUGACUGACCAUGAGAAGUAUUUAUAUGCACCAUACAAUAUGUUAUAAUAUUACAGUAAUUUUAUAAUUGUUAUGUAGUAUGAGUAAUUUGUAUUGUUUACAUAUAUACUAAACAGAUUUUAUUAUUGUGAUCCUACAAUUCAACAUGAACUGUUCUAUGUCAAUCAUGUUUUGUUUCAAUUAUAAUUUCUUUUAAAUUUUAUUUUGGAAGAAUCAUUGAAUAGUGAUGUCUUUUGACAUUUCUGACACUUUUCUAACUUGUUGAAAUGAAGUUUGUAUUUUCUUGUGCCUGAUAUUUUAGUGAUUGAUAACUAAAUCAUUUUAUUUGGUAUGUCCUGUUGGUGACAAAUUACAGUUGUCCCUGUACGUA